CAUACAGAUUUAUAAUCUCUCACACACUCUUGCUAACCUUAUUUUCUCUUCUACACACAAAAGUGAACACACACACACACACACACACACACACACACACACACACACACACACUUGGCCUCCCAGGUGAGUAAACAGUGUGCUGCUGUACUUUGGAGCGGUGGAUCCGUCUCUAUAUGAGUUCAGGCUUCGGCUGUGCGGUUCAAAAGCAGACGGACAGCUGAAAACGACAACAUGGCCGGAGUCUGUUUGCUGGCUCUCAUCGCUGGUUUGCUGCUGGAGGUGAACGGGCUGCCGGCUGACAUCCCAGAGGAGAACACAGGAGCUGUAUUUUUGUCUCGGCAGGCAGCGAACAAGGUGCUGAUUCGCCAGCGCAGGUACAACAGCGGCCUGGAGGAGAUGCUUCACAAAGACAACCUGGAGAGGGAGUGUAGGGAGGAAACCUGCGACAUGGAGGAGGCCAGGGAGGUGUUCGAGGAUGAUGAGAAAACUAUGGAAUUCUGGGCCUCCUACGUUGACGGUGACCAGUGUAAGCCACCCCCCUGCCAAAAUGGAGGUGAAUGUAAAGAUGGGAUCAAGUCGUACGUUUGUUAUUGCAAACCGAACUUCAAUGGCAAGAACUGCGAGAUCGAGGUGUCCAAGCAGUGUUCGGUCAACAACGGCGGAUGUUCCCAUUUCUGUGCGAUGCGGAAUGAGCAGAUCGUGUGUCAGUGUUCGGCUGGUUACGAGCUCGGUGCAGACAGGAUGACCUGUGAACCGACAGCACAGUUCAGCUGUGGUCGUGUGGACGUCACGCCCUCCACCUCUGCCAACAGAGUCAUGUUAGCUCCUCGCUCAUCGCAUCACAGACCUGACAGAAAUCACAAUUCCAGCGACUCCCUGCUGGACGACUACGACGACGACACCAACAUCACACAGCUGUACGAUUACUUCGACUUCGCCGACGUGUCAGACUCGGGGAACGUCUCUGCGGCGGCGGUGCGCUCGGUGAGGUCGGCCGAGUCGAGCAGCGUCACAGAAACGCCAACGGAGACGAAGAAACCACCCGCCUGGGCUUUCCCAACACUCCCCACCAUCACUGCGGAGCAAAACACUGACCAGAGGAUUGUGGGAGGAGACGAGGCCUCUCCUGGACAGAUACCUUGGCAGGUGGCCCUGAUGUCUCACUCAGCCACCCUGCAAAGAGCAGAGCCUUUCUGUGGAGGAUCUCUGCUCAGUGAAUACUGGGUCAUCACCGCUGCUCACUGCCUGGCACAGGCUGAUAUCGCCAACCGAGUUUUCUUCGUCAGAGUGGGUGAACAUGACGUGAAAAAAGUGGAGGGUGACGAGCGAGACCACGAGGUGGCCGAGCGGCACAUCCACCACAUGUACGAUUUCAACAACUCACCGUAUAACAACGAUAUUGCCCUGCUGAAGCUCGCCACUCCGGUGGAACUGUCCAACAAGCGGCGUCCCAUCUGCCUGGGCCCCAAAGACUUUAUAGAAAACCUGCUGAGGGAGUCCCGCACCUCUCUGGUGAGCGGCUGGGGACGGAUAAAGUUCCUGGGCCCUGAGGCCACCAAGCUCCAGAAGCUGGAGGUCCCCUACGUGGAUCGCACCCUGUGUAAAGAGAGCAGCCGGUACCACGUCACACGCUUGAUGUUCUGUGCUGGCUACAAAGAUCAGCAAAUGGAUUCAUGUCAGGGGGACAGCGGGGGGCCACACGCCACCAACUACAAAGGCACCUGGUUCCUGACAGGCAUCGUCAGCUGGGGGGAGGAGUGUGCCAAAGACGGGAAGUAUGGCGUCUACACUCGAGUGUCGAUGUACUACCCCUGGAUCAGAAAGACAACAGGACUACGAAUACACUGACUGACCAGUGGAGUCACAGGUAAAGGUAACGUGGCCUGUCAGCCGACCAAACGGUCUCAUAUGUCUAGUUUUAGCACCUGAGGAAGUUUGUCUUUGACUGAAUGAAAUGAGAAAUCACUCACGCUGCAAUAAAAUGUAUUUCAAUAUCAGA